AGACAGCCGAGCGCGGCGCUGUUAUCAGUUGUGUCUGGUUGAUUAUUUUGGUUCUUGGGGUUUUGACACACUCAAGAUAUGACAGAAGAAGAUGAAAUCACACUUCUUUAGGAAGUUUGGCAAAAUUUGAAACUUAAUGCAGCAGUGAACAGAUUGGACAGUUUUAGUGGAGUGUGAUUCAAUGGAAACUUUUUAAGUGAACACUACUGAAGUGACUUAAAAGUUUGUAUAUACUGUAUACAAUACAGUAGACAUAAAUAUACUGGUACUGUAACUGUAUGCAGUAUAUAUAGUAGUAUACAAUAUUGUAGCUACUGUACUGAAUAUUAUGCAGUAGUGUACAGUAAUGUGUUUAAACAUCAUUGUGAAGAUCAUAUCAGCAGUAUAAUGCUUGGAAAUUGCUGAACAUUUAUAUCAGUUACAGAAAUGUAAUAUUUAGUAUACAGGUAUUGUGUGAGUGUUUGUUGUCUCCAGAUUGAUAUGCAAAACAUUGCCAACCCAUUUCAUAGUUUAUGUACAUGUGCUGUUUAUUAUGCAUCAGAAAUAUCAAGAGUAACAUUUGAAAACUAGAAUACAUGCUUGUAUUUUGAAACACUCUGAAUACCAAGUAAGACCUAGUUCAAUAAAAAUAUGUGCCUGUGACACUUAUAAGCAUUGUAUUAAACUCAGCAAAGCUUAUGUCUGAUAGCUUUCAGUGGUUUGCAUAAUACUUUACUGAAACAUAGAGAUCAAUCAGACCCACAGCAAUCAUGCAGGCAACAUCAGAGACUGUGUAUAUAUAUGUGGCUCGUCAGAGUUAUAGAGGGUCAGGAAAUAAUGACCCGAGUAUGGAAGUGGAUGAUAUAAUACACGUGUCGUCAGAGUUUCUACACCGACAGAAUAUCAACAAAGACAAGCCAGAUGGAUGGCUCUAUGGCGUCAAUAUGCGUACUGGCCAAGAAGGCUACUUCCCAGGAUAUUUCUUGUUGCCAAAUGGAACUCAGAUCAGAACAAUGACCCCACGCCGUCGGCCCCCACCCCUUCCUGAUGGAAAAGCACCCAUCAAUGAUAAACAAGGAUACAUGCAUCUUGGACGAGCAAGCUUGCCUGGGGAUAUUCCUCCCCCUGCUUUGUAUGGAGGACGACGUAGCGUGACUGGGCCACUGAUGCCGGUCCAACACCAGCUGGGCAACGUCUUCUUCAUCACCCCCGUCCUCUGCUUGCACUGUAAGUAUCACCAGCUGUGUCACCGAAUGCUGGCGUCUUCCCAUGCCGAAGAUACUUGGCGUAUCACUCACUUAGGCAACUUGGCUCACUGA